AUGAGUACGACUAUCCGACCAACCUUCAAUCGCACAAGAAACUCAACAAGACGCCCGACUUCCGGAAAUGGCACUUCAUCAAAUAGUUCGAAUUACACUUCUCAGCACCAUUGGCUCGAUGAAAGUCCGGAAAUCUUAUUCUAUCUUCUGACGAGUUUAAUCAUUCCAUCAAUUGUUUGUUUUAUCUUUAUCUUCCACAGUUUUAUUCGUUUACCGGUGUUACGAGUUAAAUCAUCGAAUCUUCUGAUCAUCUGUUUGUUGAUUGUUAAUUUUGUACAUAUGUUAAUCGAUUUACCAUUUCGAUUGUAUUUUUUCCAUGAGAAUGAAGUUCCCUUUCAAAAUGCAUUCUUUUGUUUAUUUUGGACAUGGUCUGAUGCCAUAUUAACCGCUGUCGAUCUGUUCAUCAUGGCAUUUGCAUCAAUUGAACGAUACAUUUUUGUUUUUCGUCACAUUCUCCUUCGUAAUCAUCAUCGUUUACUCAAUCAACUACCAAUGGUCUUGUGUUUCGCUAUACCAACCAUUUGGUACACAGUUUUAAUAUUUGGCUAUCCAUGUCAACAGACGUUCUCUUAUUUUACAUUUCAAUGUGGCACAGCUUGUUAUCUGACGAAUACAACAGCCUUUAACCAUGUCGAAAAUAUCGGCUUUUUCAUGGUCCCAUUGUUCGUUAUCGUCGUUGGGAAUGGUAUAUUGAUCUUCCGUGUACUUAUGCAAAAGAAGAACAUGAAACAAAGGCAUCGUCUUUCUCAAUGGCGAAACAAUUUUCGUAUGAUCGGUCAAUUGGCGUUUAUCGGCAUUUUGUACAUGAGUGUUUAUGUUCCGUCUUGCAUUUUGUUAAUUUUCGGUAACUACGUUCGACGCGGUCGAUUUUUACCAUGGGCAGCCGAUAUCCGCAUACGUUAUUUCGCUCAUUUGAAGUAUUUAGUUAUAUUUGGUUGUCCAUUUGUGGUUCUUGCUGGGCAAAAAGAGAUGCAUCAAAUGCUGAAGAAUAUCUUUUCACGUAUUACAAGACGGCAGACAGCGCGAUGGAGAACCAACGUUCAGCCAUUGACGUUGCUGAACACACAGAAUCGAAGAGAGAAUGAACAAAAAAAUACCAUAAAAGACUAA